AUGAGACUCUCAAUCGCUACUCUUCUCACCCUCACGGGUGUCAGCUUCGCCUCUCUCGCCCCCAGGCAAGGGGGUUGCUCCGCAGACAACUGCGCCCGAGCAGUCACCGGGACACGACGCGGUGAUGUCGCACAAUCGUCCGCUCGAGCCGACUGCUCCAGCUUCUUUGCUCGGACCGUCACGGUCACGGCGGGGAACACCGAAACAAUCACCCAGACUCCUACGCCUACUGCUGUGCCUACUUAUGCCACGGCCUGCUCCGGCGCUGCGAGGUACUCGAGCGCUUGCUCCUGCUUCGGUGUCACUGCAUCUACAUCCACCCACCUCCUGCUUGCCCCACAGACCAGACCGAGUGCAGCCCCGGCGCCUGUUGCCAAGCCGGAUGGAUCUGCAGUAACGGCAGGUGCGAAGCGCCGUUCGGAUUCUGCGACAACCCCCGCCAAUGCGAUGCCAGCACGGCUUGCGCCACCUGCGGCUUUUGUCAGCCUGAUACUGAAGGCGUUGGUCAUUGCUUGGCUGGCGGUGCUUGCGCGGACUUUGAGGAUUGUACCACGAGUGCCGAUUGCUUGCCUGGGCAGUCUUGUCUGUUGA